UCUGAAAUACUAUCUAAUUAUUUUUUUAACAAUUUUUAAAUUAUUUUUUCAAGGUCCCUUUGACAUGACAAAGGAAAUCAUAAAUAGCUAUAAAAAAGAAAAUAAGCUUAAAAACUUGAUAAUUGUCGAAACUGGAAUUGGAAAUGAACUUAAACGUAAUCCCAUUGAAAUAAUAAAUUUUUCGAACGAUAAUAAACUUGAAAUACUUCAAGCUUUUCCACAUUCAAUUGUAGUAGAAAAUCUCCUGGCUGGAGCAUUUAUUUAUUAUAAUAAACUUGGAGAUGAAGAAUUGAAUAAAUUGAUAGUUUCUUCCCAAGAGGUAAAGAAGGAGGAUGUUAAGGUUGAUGCGAAAGAAAAGGUUGAAGAUAAGAAGAAGGAAGAAAAGAAGGAUGAAGUUAAAGAUGAGAAAAACAAGGGAGUUAAAGAAAAGAAUGAAGAUGAAAAGAAGCAAAAUGAUGAAAAAAAGAAGGAUGUUAAGAGUGAAAAAAAGGGAGUGAAGUUUGUAAAGGAUAAAGAUGUUAGAAUUGAAGUGAAAGAAAAGAAUGACGAUGAAAAGAAGAAAGAAGAUGAAAAGAAGGAUGCUAAAAAGGAAAACAAGGGAGUUAAGUUUGAAAAGGAUGAAGAUAAGAAGAAAGAAGAUAAAAAGACUGAAGUUAAAAAAGAAAGGAAGGGAGUUAGUGAUAAGAAGAGUGAAGAUGAUAAGGUUGAGAUGAAGCAAAAGUUAGAAGAUGAAAUGAAGGAAGGAAAGGAGGAAAUUAAAGAUGAGAAAAAGAAGGGAGUUAGUGAUGAACAGAAGGAAAAGGUUAAGAUGGAAGAGGAUGUGAUUGAAGAUGAAAAAGAGGAAGGGGUGGUCGUGGAAGUUAAUAAUGAGAAAAAUAAGGGAGCUAAGGAUGAGCAGAAGGAAGAUGUUAAGGUGGAAGAGAAAGAGAUUAAAGAUGAAAUGAAGGAAGGAAAGAAGGAGGAAGUUAAAGAUGAGAAGAUUGAAGUUAAUGAAAAAAAGAAAGAAAAGGUUGAAGAAUAGAAGAAGAAAGAAUAAAAGGAAGAAGUUA